AUGUCCGAAGCAUACCAACUUGCAUCUGAAAAGGCAGAAAAGAACGCUACGAGUGGGAAAGUGCAAUAUGACAAGAAAGCUAAGAGUACGAGUCUACAACCCGGUGAUUGUGUGUUAAUACGAAAUGUGAAAGAAAGGGGUGGUCCCGGCAAGUUACGGUCGUAUUGGGAAGACAAAGUUUACAAAAUCGUGCGUCGGAAAUCAAAUGAGAUUCCCGUGUAUGAAGUCAUUCCUGAGAGUGGCGGGGAGAAGACAAGAGUACUGCAUAGUACGUAUCUUCCUGUGGAGAAUGCUAUUGUGAAACCAGCUCAGUUAAAGAAGAAAAAGAAGAGUGAGAAGGAGAAACAGGGACACACAAGAUUAUCAGACAGAUAGUGAAGACGAGUUCGGGAUUGCUACGUUUGCACCUGAAUUAACGCGGACAGACCCAGAGGAUGAAUUCGUGCCAGUGUCGGUUGAAAAUGAAGCCCAGCAGAGUGUUGAGGAAGCUGUACAAGAAGGUGCCACACCAGAAGAACUAGCUCAAGAGAGUCAAUCGGCGACUGGUACCACGGUAGCAGCGGAGGCUGAGACACAAGUUGAUUCACACCCAGUUAGUUCACAACGAGUACGACGACCACCAACCAGACUGGGAUAUGGCAAUCUGGGCCAACCAACGGAACAUUGGACCAGUAUUAACGCGGUACAUGCACCAGCCACAAACAACAUGUAUCUACACCAAUACCCUGUGCUCCCGACACCUCCAAUACCUUUCUUUCCCCCAAUACUUCCUAUGUCAUUACCUGUAUUUCCAUUAUAUUGGUCAAGUUGUCAAGGACCAAUUAUGCCAUCAAAUAUAUGGUGUUAG